CUCUCCCUUUUAAGAGAAAAAAACUGUGUCAUUUUAAGUCAAUAUGGCUUCCCCCCAACAUCAGCAGCUGCUGCCUCACAACACAGAAGUGAGUUGUGACUCGAGUGGAGAUGGAGGAGUCUCAGUGCGAAUUGGCAGCAGUAUCAGACACAAGCACGGAGGCGGGCCACUGGGCUCUUUUGCAGGGGGCUUUAUGGGGGGGUCCAAACACUGUAAAUACAGCAUCUCCUCCAGCUGCAGCUCAGGGGAGUCUGGUGCCAGGAGACCUGCAGCCAAAAACUUUCGUGUGCCGAAGAAAAUGCCUCAGCUUUUUGAGCGAUCUGCAGGACAAUUCUGGAACCCUAAAUUUGACUCCUCUAUACUGGAGGAGGCCUGUCGUGAGCGGUGCUUCCCCCAGACCAGAAGGAGAUUUCGUUAUGUGCUCUUUUACCUGGUGUCUGCUACUGUUCUCUGGGGACUGUACUUUGCUGUCCAGCCAUCUCGCUGUAAUAGAGAAGCCUUUCUCCUUCCUACUGCAUCAUUUCUCUUUUUCUGCCUGCUCCUUUUCCUCCUAACAUUCACUAAGCUCUAUAGUCGCUGCUACAAUCAGGCUUCUCUUCUGCUCAUUUUUGUCACAUUCAUACUCACUUUGGUGCCGCAAAUCCAGACAGCAGGUUUUAGGGACCCAGAGACUCCCACCGGCACAUUAGAACAAGAUGAGCAAAGUGGCAUGGGCCCUGUGUACAAUGUGUCAUAUGAAAAGCAGUUGGGGGAGGACAACUCGUCACCUUGCCUCUCUCCUGUUGGUACAUUUUCACUGUGCAUUGAAGUGCUCCUUCUGCUCUACAGCGUUCUCCAUGUCCGCCUGUAUGCCUCUCUCAUGCUGGGCUUACUCUACUCUGUGAUGUUUGAGAGUUUGGGCUGGUUGCACCUCACUCAAACAGGGGAGUCCUGGAGUCUGUCCUCUCCACCAGACUGGGACACAUUAAGAUGGCUAGGGCCUGCCAAAGCCCUGCUCCACCUCUGUGCUCAUGCAAUAGGCAUCCAUCUGUUUAUCAUGUCAGAAGUGCGCUCACGCAGCACUUUCCUCAAGGUGGGACAGGCAAUCAUGCAUGGGAAGGAUCUGGAGGUGGAGAAAGCCUUAAAGGAGAGGAUGAUCCACUCUGUUAUGCCCAGGAUUGUGGCUGAUGAACUAAUGAAACAAGGUGAUGAAGAGAUUGGUGACCAUUCAGUCAAACGGUACUCAACCAGUGGUGCAGCAGCGGCUUUAUCAAGUCCUAAGAACUACAAACACAAAAAGACUUCCAUCCCCCGUGGUCAAAUCAUAUUCAGGCCUUUUAACAUGAAACGAAUGGAACCUGUCAGUAUUCUCUUUGCAGAUAUCGUUGGCUUUACCAAAAUGUCUGCCAACAAGUCUGCACAUGCCCUGGUGGGACUAUUAAAUGACUUAUUUGGGCGUUUCGAUCGGCUUUGUGAACUGACUGGUUGUGAAAAGAUAAGUACUCUGGGGGACUGUUACUACUGUGUUGCUGGGUGCCCUGAGCCCAGGCCAGAUCAUGCCUACUGUUGUGUAGAAAUGGGACUUGGCAUGAUCCAAGCCAUUGAGCAAUUUUGCCAAGAAAAGAAGGAGAUGGUUAACAUGAGGGUGGGCGUUCACACAGGAACUAUUCUGUGUGGUAUUCUUGGUAUGAAACGCUUCAAGUUUGACGUUUGGUCCAAUGAUGUUAACUUGGCCAAUCUGAUGGAACAACUUGGUGUAGCUGGAAAAGUUCACCUGUCUCAAGCCACUGCAAACUUCCUGGAUGACCGCUAUCUAUGCGAAGAUGGACAUGUCAUAGAGAGGCUGGGACAAAGUGUUGUGGCAGAUCAGCUUAAAGGAUUGAAAACCUACCUGAUUUCUGGUAGAAAGGUGGAGCUUCUAUCUCAGUGCAGCUGUACACAGUUGGGGUCUGUGGGGUCAGAGCAUCUGGACCAAAGAGUGCACUCCCCUGACAGUGUCCAUAGCUCCUCUCACAGCGUUAAGUCCCCCUGCUUGUCUUGUGGUGCUGCCUUGAUCCCUGGAGAAAGUCAGGUUUCAGAAGGACUGGUGCACAACUGUCAUGAUGACCUCAAGGCUAACAGCAUCAAGGACUCUUCUAGUCUGGAGUGUCCGCCUGUGGUUUCUAUGGGGAUUGGCCCUAAGGCUCUAAAUGGUCUGCUGAGUCCACGCCUGGAGGCCUUGAACAACAGCCAGACGUCUCUGUGUGAGAUGUUACAGGAGAAAGAGAAGAAAACGUGGGGCGGAGGGGCAAUGGGUAUGGACCACUCUGCACUCAUCCCACUGCGCUCCAAGAACUUUAGAGAGAGGAGUGAUGCCCACUUUGUAGAUGUUAUCAAAGAGGACAGCCUCAUGAAGGACUAUUUUUACAAACCUCCCAUAAACAAGCUGAGCCUCACCUUCCUGGAACAGAGCCUGGAGUCUGCUUACCGGAUAAGCUACCAGGAGGAGGUCGACACCCAGACAGCAGUACAGACCUUUGCCACCCCAACUUUCAGCUCAUUCUUAGACAUGCUGCUGUGUUGCUUGGUGUUCUUUGCGCUCACUUUGGCGUGCUUCCUUGAACCCAUCAUCACCCAGCAGAGUUUGCCCAUAUCACCUCUCACUAUUACAGCUGUGGCUGCCCUGCUGGAAGUGCUGGCAUUGCUAUUUGCCAUACGUAUGGCCUUUUACCUGGAAAGAGCCCUGCCCUGCACAAAAACCCUGAUGAGGGUCAUAUCAGGCUGGAUACCUCGUCACUUAGCAGGAGCUGUACUGGUGUCUCUACCUGCUGUGGCAGUCUUUUCAAAUAUUAUUUGUGAUAUGGAUAUGUCAAUCCAGUUUACCAUGUUUAUCUGCUAUGCUGUCAUCAUAGCCGUCAUUCAUUAUUGUAACUUUUGCCAACUCUGCUACUGGAUGCGAUCGAGUCUGGCAACAUUGGUUGGUCUAGCACUACUUGGCCUGCUCUUUAUUUCGCCAUGCUGGGUCUCUAAACAUCUUGGAAAUGCAAUUUGGUCACAAGGCUACCUCAAUGACAGCAACAGCACUCUGGUGAUGUCAGAAGGACCAGGAGAUGCAGAUGUGCAGGUAGACUUGCACAAGCUGCUUGGACCUGAGGCCUGUGUGGCAUUUUUCCUGCUCCUGCUCUUGGUCUGGUUCCUCAAUCGUGAAUUUGAGGUCAGUUAUCGUCUGCAUUAUCAUGGGAAUGUAGAAGCUGACCAACACCGGAUCAAGAUUCAGAACAUGAGGGAUCAGGCCGACUGGCUGCUCCGUAACAUCAUCCCCAUUCAUGUGGCAGAACAACUAAAGGUUACACAAAGCUAUUCCAAAAACCACGACAAUGUUGGUGUCAUUUUUGCAAGUAUUGUUAACUUCAGCGAGUUUUAUGAAGAAAGCUACGAAGGAGGAAAGGAGUGCUACCGUGUCCUCAAUGAGCUCAUUGGAGACUUUGAUGAGCUCUUAAGAAGACCUGCUUUUUCAAACAUUGAAAAAAUCAAGACCAUUGGAGCUACAUAUAUGGCAGCCUCUGGGCUGAAUACACAGCAGUGCGCAGAUGCCACUCAUCCUCACGCACACCUUCGAGCUCUGUUUGAAUUUGCUCUGGAAAUGAUGCAGGUGGUGGAUGACUUUAACAAAAACAUGCUAGGCUUUGGCUUCAAGCUUCGCAUUGGAUUCAAUCAUGGCCCUCUAACGGCCGGUGUGAUUGGCACCACCAAGCUUCUUUAUGACAUCUGGGGGGAUACAGUCAACAUUGCCAGUCGCAUGGACACCACAGGGGUGGAGUGUCGUGUGCAGGUCAGUGAGGAGAGCUUCUGUGUGCUCAGUAGCAUGGAUUAUGAGUUUGACUACCGGGGCACAGUAAAUGUUAAAGGGAAAGGUCAAAUGAAGACCUUCCUUUACCCCAAGAGCAGUGACAGUGGUCCCGUUCCCCAGUAUCAACUGUCUGUAUCCCCAGAGAUCAGGGCACAAGUGGAUGGUAGUAUUGGACGAUCUCCUACAGAUGAAAUUGCCAGCAUGGUGCCCAACUCUAAUAUAAAUACAUGCAGCACUACUACUAUGGUUCCCAGUGCUAGUGCAGGCUCAUCAGCCACUACAGGGCUUUCUCUCAUGAAAGAUUUACGACAUCAGCCUACAGGUGAAAAGAGAACGUCUCCAGAGGUGUCUUUUACCAGGAGGUCUGUCUCUCACAGCGGUUUAACAUCUGUAAUCAACGUGGUGGAGCCAUCUAUGUCUGAAAAUGCUAAACAGCAUGCCAUCACAUCUGCUCCACAAACUUCAACCAAUCAUCCUUCUUCAAAGGACACAAAAAAGGUUGACAAUGAACAUACAACUAAAACUGGAAAACUAAAUAGACUAUAAAAUUGCCUUUCUCAUUAUGCCUCUACCCUUUAAUAUCUAUUUACACUGCAGGUUUAUGUGUCAAUAUUUUUGAGAAGUUAUAUGUUUGUUGUGCAAGGAAGCUUUAUGACAUUUUUGACAAGCAGUAAAAGAUGAUUUAAGAUAUAGUGUUUAAUUCUUGACCUCCUUUUGCCUGCUAUACAGAUCUCAAUGUCUUGCAUUAAUCAAAUAAUCCCUUUGAAUAGUAUUAAUACUUUUGUAUGCAUUUUAAGUGCCUUAGAUUAACAGUUCAAUGUGUUGAUUUAAGCCUUUUUAAAACAAUAACUAAAGGGAAGCAUUUUGAAAAAAAACUUUUAUUUCUGUUUUACAUUUAUAGUAUAUGCUGUAUGUCUUGCUAUACAUCAUUGCAAUUUCCGAAAGCUGACCUUCAAAAACUGCUAACAUUUUUAAAGAAUUACAGAGGGAAUUCACUUUUUCUGCUAUGGGAAAUUAUUUCUGAUUUGUGAAAUCAGUACUGAGUCAGAGUAGAAUUCAGUAGUGUAGGUCAACUUGAGAUGUGCAUACUAGGUGACUACGUAACCUACUUGACUGAAAUAAUAAAUCAGCAAUCAGUCAUAGAAGAGAGAAAGAUAUGCUUUCUGGUACAUAAGCUUUAUUUCUAUAGCCUCACAAAGAAGCAGGGCUUGGCCACAGUUUGAGCUGUAGUUUUGUAUCUGUGUCCACAUUUCCAAUUUCACAGCACUCAUGUUGUUUCUGAUCACACCCUACAUGUGUCUUAUGAGUUAUCAAAGGAUUGUGUGUUCACUAGCAAAGUACCAUAAUUCUGUUACUAUGUGCAUUAUGUAUUCAACCAAAAUGUAGUUAUUAUGGACAGUACUCUAAUGUAAAAGUCUCUAAAUGCACUGUAUUAGCUUGUGCCUUUAAUUGUGUAGGCUUUUAAUUGAAUUGCAAUUUAUAAGGUUAAAUAAAUCAGUGCCUUGAUAACAUAGUAAUAUAUACUAUCCAUCUAAACAGGGCCUUAUUGUUUUUUCUGAUUUUACUCUGUAUUGAAUCAAUGCUAUGACAUGCUCCAAGUUUUUGUUUUUUGCUUAUGAUCACACAAUCCUACUAACAAUAUUGCAAAACAUUGUAUUGUGGUGUACUGUGAUGGGUCUGAGGUAAUAACAAUAUGCAGUGGCUUAUUAUUUACCACAAGCAUCUUUUCUUUCAGCUAAAGCACACAGGCUGCAUUUGUUUUGCUCACUGUUUUGGUCCACAUUGUGUACAAAAGUGGUAAUUGUGUACAAAAGUGGUAAUUUAAACACAACUUUUAUUGUAUUUCUUUUUUUGUUUUUGAAAAUUGUCCCUGAACCAGAGCAAUUGCACAAUAGAUGCAUUUAAUGCCAAAGAGUGCAAAAUCAUAGAUUUAGGCUGUUUUGAUUAGUUCAAGUAACAUUUUCCUUUUAUAGUUAAAAGACUAUUGCACAAAGCACUCACUUCUUAGACCUACAUUAUGUUUUUGUAUUGUGUCGUACUUGAGUAGCCUUUUUUAUUUGUAAAUGCAUGUAUUAUGGUGUUCUGUAUUGCUGAUGUUUUGCAUGUGUGUAAAUGUAUGUAUGAUUGUUGAAUUGUGAGAAUGUAUUUAGAAGGAAUGUUUGUACCAUUUCAACAAACACAACGUUAUUCAUUUUGACCAAUUUUACACUCUUAAAAUUACAACAUAGAACUGUAGAAAUACUUAAAUCCGAUCACUUUGCUGUCUGUUGCCUAAUAAUUAAACAUGACAAAGAUAUCUGGAUUUUGUCCAGAUGUUAUUAUUUGCUAAAGCCAUAUUUUUAAUAGAUUGUUCAAAUUUGCUGUCUUUAAAAUGUUGCACGUUAAGUGUGGAAAUGAAGGGUAAAUUAAAUAAACUUAGCUGCUGG